AUGUUCUCCGAAGAAAAUCAAAGCCUAAUUCACCGCCCAGGAGGCAAUUUCCUGGAGCUAAGAGAAAGUCUCCUGGAGCAGUUCCAACCGCUGCAAGAAAGACUUUGCCUCACCCUAGAAGAAUCCCAGGACAUAUUGGAUCAAUUUGAAAAAAAUGCGAGCCUCGCGGUCGUUUACAAUGCCCCGAUGAUCAGUGUCAAUCUUAUGAAAGGGAUAGACGCCAUCUUUGGUUCUCCAAGCCCGAAAAUCAUCCAGUUCGAAAAUGGCACGAUGCAGAGGACCAUCACUUGGCUGGAUGUUCUGAAUGCAGACAGAUCCAAGAUCGAAUUCAAGGAAACCGAAGUCUAUCAUUAUUAUCUGCAUGACUUCAACGCAACUGCGGAGUUGUCAGAUUUCCAGCAUAAUAUGAUGAUUUCCGGCCUACCACAGAAAUUGAUUCAACCUUGGUACUACAAGAGAGAUGUCCAAACCGAGUUAUAUACACUGUCGUUCACUGCCGAGAUGGUUGCAAUUUCGAACCAACUUGCAUCAAAAGUGAUUGAAGUCAACAAUAAGAUCAUCGGAAAAGCUAACCGGAGAACUCGAGCGCUUCAAGAUACUUUGAACAAAUGGAAAGAAUCAACGGAUUUGAAUAUAUAUCCAUCAAGCCUAGUUUUGGAGCAGGCCCAGCAUGAUCAAGGUUUAGGGUACGCGGCAGUUCCCAAUAAAGAGACUCUCGUGGGGAAAGCAUGGUCAUCUCUGAAGCGGCUCAAAAGAGCGCAUUGCAUGUGGCGCAGGAGGAAAUUCCGAAGUAGCCUUCCCGGCAAGCUUACUAGACGGAGUAUCCACGGUAGGAAAACAAUGCCAGCUUCCAGGAUAAUGGCGAAUAAACUGCUCGGAAGAGCCCCCAUGAGAAUGGGCCAGAGGAAAAGGCUACAUAGCCGAAAUGGUCGGCGAGUCACCCUUCCAGAUGCAUCGUCGAUGCCCGUGAAAGGUUCUGAAAAACGACAGAGUCUUAGCUGCCAACCGGGGCCCCUGAUGGAGCAUCCGUAUCCACACACAGAGUAUUUCAACCAUACCUGUCUGCAUGAUAAUCCUAGCGAGGAGAGCGGAAACCGCAGAGAAUCCCUUGAGGAGGCGAGCAAUGAAUGUGACAAGACCUGUUUUGAUCGGCAAAAUAGCCUCCCAGAACUACGGCCGAAUAUCGUGAGCCCAUCCAACGACAGGGAGAAGCUGGCUGAACAUGAGCCAAUGACCAGGCAUGAGUCAAUGGCCAUGAGGCCUACACCUCUGAAUCCGGGGGCUGAAGCCAUGGAAGGCCAGAGCAAUACUGGCAUAGGACGCUACGGUACAAGAGGAAGUACCGAUCUACGGGACGGAAAUGAUGAACGCGUGUCAGUGCCGACAGACCCAGUCAACAACACAGGUUUCACCUUUCAUGGUAACAAUGUGACCGAAAAUUGUCAACCACAAACCGUAUCUCGAGAUUCUCCAAAGACGUUCUCAAGCCCUUACCCCACAGAGACAGCGAAACAUAGCGAAGCAGCCGUUUGCCAAGGGCUAGGCGGGUCCAAUCUGCCGGGUGGAAUCCCAUCUUCUGCGACACAUCAAUUGGAUACUUCGACCACUUCUACGCAUAGCAAAAGAAAAGGCGUGUCAACCCACAAAUCACAUAUAGAGGUUCAAAUUAUAAAUAAACCUCAACUAAGUAAGUGA